AAUUAGAGAGGAAAAGAAGAAACAAACGCCCCCAAUCCCUCUGGUAAGCCCCAACACACAGCUGUACAAGCACACAGAGAGAUCUGAACACACAGAGAGAUCUGAACACAGUGAGAGAUCUGAACACGGAGAAAGAGAGAGAGAGAGAGAUAGAGAGAACUGUACACGGAGAGCAAGAACUGAACACAGAGGGAAAGAGACAACUGAACACAGAAAGUAAUCACGUGUGUCAAUGGAGUUAAAGAGAAUCUGUGAGUGGAGAUAUUAAACUGGAGACAGAAGUGUGUGUAUAUAUAUUUGUGUGUGAUGGCUGUUGAGCUGAUCGGGACGAGCUCGAGUGUGUGUGAAGCCCCGAAGAGCGAGGAGGAAGGCUGAGGAUCCCACAGGCUGAGGACUAAAGCUCUAACCCACCCUGAAUCAUAGACACACUCUGAUCAGAAUGAGCGGAGAUGUUCUCUAGCUGAGCUCUUUUACAGCAACCAAGUCUACGUUUCUACUUUGGGCACGUGUGUGUGUGUGUGUGUGUGUGCGUGUGUGUUGGAGCGCAUGGCCGUGGGCAGGCUGGUGCUAGUGUCCAGUGCCGUGGCACUGGUGUCACUGGUUCUGAACGUGGUGGCGGCGCUGGGUUCAGGCUGGGCUCUGCAGAGGACGGAGGACGGAAGUAAACGCAGCGUGGGGCUCUGGAAAAUGUGUAAACAUGUUACAGAGACACACACACUCGCCACCGCCACACCGUGCGAGUGGCUCACCUGGGGAGAUGAUCGCGCGGGAUACCAGGAGUCACGCAACACCGUCAAACUUCAGUUCGACAUGAUGCGAGCGUGUAACCUGAUGGCGACGGUGGCUCUCGCUGUGGGACAGCUCAUAUUCCUGCUGGGGAUUCUGAAGAUAAAGUGCAUUACCCAGGAUUCUCCUUGGUGGGAGGAGGCCAUUGCUGCCCUGUUUCAGCUGGCCAGUUUUGUGCUGGUGAUUGGCCUGGUGUCCUUCUACAGGAUCGGGCCGUACACACACCUGUCAUACUCGUGCUACGUGAACAUUGCUGCGUGUCUAUUGGCUACGCUGGCCGCCGCCCUGCUGAUCUGGAACAUCCUGCAUCGCCGUGACGACUGCAGGGGACCGCCCGUCAUAGUCAUCAGCCGCUCGCUCGCCAUGAACUUCACACCGCGCAUAGACAAUGAAUAUGUGGAGUCACCAUGCUGACACACACAUACACACCUGAGAGAGUUUUCAGUUAUUUUCAGCUUUGUUUGGUGAUUAAUUCUCUCUAACAGCAUCUCUGACUGUAGCACAGGUUUAUAUUAAUGCAUCUGUUCUAUUGUUAUGGUUUCUAUAGCAACAGCUCCGUCACAGGUUCACGUGCAGCAGAUACGGCACAUAAGUGUCUUUUCUGUAAAGUGAUGUUCAUGUAACAUUUAUGGAAGGAGUCUCCAGUGUCAGCAUUUGUCAGAGGUAAAGAAGAGCUUACAGAGAAUCAAGAGAGGCUGCUGAGGGAACGAGCUAUAAACGGGUCAAAAGAGGUGAAGUGUAAGAGGAAUAAAGCACUUAGAGAUGUUCUGUUAUAGGAAAAUAAUCAACUUUGGGUGGAAACAGUCACUUAGAUUUAUGACACCACAUUGUCACUCUGUAUUUUACUGUAACACACACACACACACACACACAAAUGUGUUUAUUAUUUACAUAACUUAUGUGUAUAAUAUUUCUAAAUUAUAUGGAUUUUGUAUAACAGUUUCUUAUUGGAGGAGAGUCAGAAAAACAUAUCAAAGACAACACACACACACACACACACACACACACACACACACACACACACACACACACACACACACACACACACACACACACA